GGUGCAGUCAGGGAAAAUCUCAUUGUUCCGCGGGGUCCGUAAAAAACCAGCGGUAGGCUGUUUGCUCUCGAGCAGUAGCAGAUUCCACAUGCACAAGCUCCUGCAUGAUAACGGUGAUAGAUCAUUCGCCUUUUGUCAGGUGUGAACGGCGUUGUGUCACUGGAAAGGUGUUUUUGUGGCGUUUGUGACUGGAGCUUGCUACGUUUGUUAGUUCGGAUUCGAGUGCGAGUACAGUAGCCGUCCGAAAUGGGUGCAGGCGAAGAUGGACGCUCGGAUUCUUUGGGCAUAGCGCCGGAGCUUUGUGAUGAAACCGUUGCAGAUGGCCGGGAAUCGCCAAUGUUUCACCAGGGUCAUGUGGACGAGGGGAGCGAUUCUGAAACCAGUCCCUGUACGCCAGCGGAGUGUUCGGUGGUAGCAGAACUAGACGAGUACGGACCGUCCAUUCUUCGAGAUGCAUUAGGUGAUUGCAACCCGGCACGAUGGGGGAAACGAUGCAUUGGAUCGACGUGCUGGUUUAGCAGAAGACCCUUUGCCAUAGCCACUCGCCAAGUAUCGGAGGUAACGUGUCACACUGAGACGACGAACAACUGGACAAAACACAACUUUUCAGCCGCGAUUCCAGAACAUGUGUCAUCACACCAUAGCAGAAGUCGGAAGAGAAGAAAACCGCUCACAGCGCAGAACAGAGAAGAUGCUAAAAUCCUUGCUCGGAACGCAAUCAUCGCCAUGGUAUCUGCCGUGUUGGCUUUGAUGCCCAUGUCCGGUCUGAUGUUCUUGGAAAGCUCGAUCAACGCAGCAGGAGGACUGGGUUCGAUAUGUUUUGCACUGCUCUACAUCCCUGGUCUGGUCAGCGUCAUGUUGCUCUUGCCACUGCUCAUCCGACGACUGAACGUCGGGCGAGUUGUACAGCUUUCAUUCGUGCCCAUGGUAUUGUUCGUGACGGCGCACUAUCGCAUCAUACCCAGCUACUAUUUGCUCAUGUGCACACUAGUCGGUGUGACAAACGUGCUGAAUGCCAGUGCCAUGGUGCUGUUAGCCAAUAGUUGUGCAAUGGAUUACGCCGCCAUCUACGGUAUCAGCGUAGAGCGAGUGAGACCGCAGUUCAACAGCAUCAUCUACAACGGGCCGGUCCUGUCUUACCUUAUGGGAUCCGUCGUGUCGUCCGUAGUGCUUCACAACCCGCAGCGGAGCCGACCAGAAAGCGCCAACGAUUCAAAUAUCCAUGGUUGCCCGUACGAUACGGAAACGCUGGUGUUGAGCAGCAAGGACCGCACAAUCCUACUAGUUACCUACCAGGUUCUCUCAAUACUUGGUCUGCUGCUGUCGUUGCGAUUGCGACAGCCAUCUAAAACAACCAUCAAGGCUAAACUUGCAGGGUCCACAGCCUGGCAACAAGUCACGGCUACUGGACGUCUGAUUGGUAACUUCGACUUGCUGUUGCUCAUCCCAGCAUUCUGCAUGACGGGCAUAGAGCGAGAGGUCUUGGCAGGAAACUUAACAUCCUUCUUCAUAACUCCCUGCCUCGGUGUGGCAUAUGUUGGCUACGCGAUCGUUACCUUCGGCACGAUGAGCUUCCUGAUGACGUCGACGUUGCCAGUGGUGAUGCGACGCGUCAGCAAUGGAGUGAUUGCAUGUGUUGCUAUGGUGAUACAGUCUACUGUCAUGGUAAUUCUGCUCGUCUGGACCCCGACGAGCGACAAUGCCACCCUGCUGUUCUUUCUCACGGGAAUGUGGGGAAUUGCCGACGCCAUGUGGAACGUAUCUGUCAAUGUCAUAAUAGGAGCUGUGUUCCCGUGCGAUCAGGAGGCUGCAUCGGCCAACUCCAAGAUGGGAAUGGGAUUAGGAGCAGCGGUGGGCGCUCUAUUCAGCCAGAGGAUAGGCAGCUGUAUGAGCCAGCUGCGUAUCAAGUUUGCCUGGGUCAUGGCCUUCUCCGCUCUAUCAGUCAUACUACUCUGUAUUGUGCAAUGGCGGCACAAGCGACGGCAACGAGGCACGAACAGAGCACAUCGUUUAGAGUCUCUUGAGCUGGUCCCCUUGCAUCAGGAGGAAGCAUGAAAGUGCUUCAUCCAAGCCGUUUUGAAGAAGAGCAUUCGACAAAUUGUCAAAUUUCCAAUAUUUCUGUUUAUACCACUACCAAUAGCAUCGAUGUGAUAUUUUAUUUAGUCGAUUUUCUUCACAAUUCAUGCGUGACAAGAACAUGAUUAUCAGAUUCGAGCAUCAUCAAUAUUAUUAAUACUCAUAAAAAGGACACACUUCAGGCUCUUUACGAACAUCUUGAAAGUUUUUGGUUUCACAAGUAUACUUUCAAGCCUUCUCAUCAGGUGAAAUACAGGCAAGGGAAAAGGAACAAUAAUUAUUAUUACCGAUCA